AUGGAGGCUGUGAGUAUGGUGGAGGUAGUUAUGGAGACGGUUAUAGGCGGUGGUGGUCGCAGUUACGAUGGGGGUGGUUAUGGAGAUAGGGAAGGACCGAGAGGCGAAGAAUAUGGAGGUGGUGGCGGCUAUGGUGACGAUGGUGGCGGAGUUAGAGGACUAAUUCCAGCAGUUAUUCUUGCUUUUCUUGAAUCCGAGCUUCAGAAAUUGGAUGGUAAAGACGCGAGACUUGCAGAUUACUUUGAUAUAAUUGCUGGUACAGAAACUGGUAGCGUUACUACUGCAAUGCUGACUGCUCCAAAACGAAAUAAUCGUCCGUUAUUUGCUGCAAAAGAUAUCAAAGAAUUCUACAUGGAGCACUUCCCCAAUAUUUUCUCCAAGAGGAAUAAUUUUUUGAGCCGUGCUGCAAAGAGUGUUAAAUUAUUUUUCGGGCCAAAAUACGAUGGGAAAUAUCUUCACUCUCUUCUCAAGGAGAAAUUUGGGGACACAAAGUUGAAUGACACUCUAACAAAUGUUGUGAUACCUACUUUCGAUACCCAGCCCCUGAGACGUAACCUAACCGUAUUCUCCAACUAUCGGCAGGUGAUGAAUAAUCCGAAUUCGGACGCUUCACUCGUAGACAUAUGCAUGGGAAGUUUAGCUACCCCGAGUUAUCUGCCUUCCCAUUACUUUGAAACAAAUAACUCAAACGGAGAAUGCACACCAUUCAACCUCACCGGGGGUGUUGUUCCUAGCGAUCUGAUGGUGGCCACAAUGAUGGAAGUAACAUCGAAGGAUCCAAUGCAGAUGUUUGGUUUGACCUCAUUCGCGGACAUAUUGACAAAGGAGGAUCGUGAAAGGAUUGUUUUUUUGUCCCUCGGAACUUGUUUGCCCAAAUACGACUCGAAAAAAGCAAAGGCAUGGGAUCUUGAAAAACCUUCCAUGUUAAAUAAACUUCGCCAAUUUGUGGCAGUAAUGAUGGAUUAUGACUGGCUUUCGCACUUUCAAUACAUUAAUUGUCCGGAAAUUCGCCUAGAAAAUAACUACCUUCGAAUUCAGGAUGAUUCGUUAAGUGGAGUAACAUCGUCUGUGGACGUUGCAACGAAGAAGAAUUUGGGAAACGUUGUGAAAAUCGGAGAAGGUUUAUUGGAGAAACAAGUUUGUAGCAUUGACCUUCACAGUAGAACUUAUGUUCCUUCUGAUGGUGAGGGAACAAACAAGGAGGCAUUGAUUAGGCUGGCAGCUGUACUAUCUAGGGAGAAGCGACUUCGAGAUUCUGCUAAUACUAAAAAUAGUAGCUUCAGCUUACGGUGA